AUGAGAAUCGUUUCACUCGCCCUCUUCACCGGGCUUUCUUCCGCCAAUAUCGUAUUCAACAGGAUACAACCCUCCUGCAAUCAUACCGAGCUUGGAUACAGCGGCUGCUUGCGAGGGCAGCAUUGCACAACAGAGGAUAUUUGCGAGGCUGCCAUCGAUCAGAACCUGUACCCGCACUCUUUCCACUACGACGUCCCUAGCCACCUCGAUACUCGUGAAGUGCGCGACGAUGGCCGAUGCGGCAAAGAAUUUGGAGGAGCGACUUGCGAUGCGAACGGGCCAUAUGGCGGAUGCUGCAGUGCAUAUGGCUUCUGUGGGAAGCUCGACGGCCACUGCUUAGUUUCCAACGGGUGCCAGAACGGCUGCAGAGACGCUCCGGCACCAACUAUCACUGUAAGUCCCGGCGCACCUACUUCAGCACCGCCCCGCCCCGAUGGACGUUGCGGCAAAGACGUUGGCGGCGCAACAUGCGACGCGGCUGGCCCGUUUGGUGGCUGCUGUUCCGAAUAUGGCUUCUGCGGCAACACGGACGGUCACUGUCUUAUCAAGAACGGGUGUCAAAACGGCUGCAAGGAUGGAGGACCAGGCGGUAACACCCCACAGCCAUCACCGGAUGCCACUACUUCUGGCGAGCCAAUUCUCGGAAAACCCACGUCUGCCGCCACCGCCCCCGGUAGCGAGGCAACUGCCAUCGUUACGACAGAUGGAUCGUGCGGCGCCACCAACAAGAACUCCAUCUGCGGAAACUGGCCGCAGGGGGGCUGCUGCUCGAUGUAUGGGUUCUGCGGCAGCACCACCUCUCACUGCGGCGACGGCUGCCAGUCCGGGCCGUGUCUCAAGGGUGCCGUUGUUCCUGCUCCAGGACCUAGUCCAGCACCCAUGAAUCCCAAUCCGGGAUACUUUAGAGUGGUUGGCGAUUCUGGCGUCCCCGUCAUGCACGCCGGACUCAUGCCUAAUGGACGCGUUGCUUUCCUGGACAAAGUCGAAGACUACACCAAGCUCAAGCUCCGUAACGGACAAUACGCCUACGCCUCAGAGUAUGACCCUGUUACCAACCAGGUUGUUCCGCUCGCCUACGGCACCAACUCGUUCUGCGCCGGUGGCACUUUCUUGGCAGAUGGUAGCUUCCUCGCUGUUGGUGGCAAUGGGCCUCUUGACUUCAUCGAUCCAACCGUGAAAGAUGGGUUCACCGGGAUUCGUCACCUUAAGCGCUCUUCCACCGACGCCAGCCUCAACGGCCAGGAUUGGAUCGAGCCCGGCAACAAGCUCGCCUCGGCGCGCUGGUACCCGUCCGUUCAGACCAUGCCCGAUGGUAGGAUCUUCGUCGUCUCCGGCUCCCUCAACGGCCUCGACCCCUCUGUGAACGAAAAUAACAACCCAACCUACGAGAUUCUCUCCCCCACCGGCGUCUCCACCGGCCAAAACGUUCCGAUGGAGCUCCUCGAGAAGAACCAGCCGUACUACAUGUACCCCUUCAUGCACCUUCUACGCGACGGCAACAUGUUCGUCUUCACCUCCAAAUCAUCGCAGAUCUUUAACGUCAAUGCCAACGCAAUCGUACGCCGCUUCCCCGAUCUCCCAGGCGACUACCGCACCUACCCGAACACGGGCGGCAGCGUGCUGCUCCCGCUCUCCAGCGCCAACAACUGGGACGCCGACGUCAUGAUCUGCGGCGGCGGCGCCUACCAGGACAUCACCAGCCCCACUGACCCGAGCUGCGGCCGCAUCAACCCGCUCGCGCCGGACGCGAAAUGGGAAAUGGACUCGAUGCCGCAGGGCCGCGGGAUGAUCGAGGGAACACUCCUUCCUGACGGGACAGUCGUGUGGCUUAACGGUGCAAACCGCGGCGCGCAGGGCUUCGGCAUCGCGACGGACCCGACGCUCGACACGCUGCUAUAUGAUCCCUCUCUGCCGAAAGGGCAGCGCUGGACGACGGGCGCGCGCAGCGAGAUUCCACGGCUGUACCACAGCGUCGCGCUCCUCCUUCUCGACGGCACGGUUAUGGUCACGGGGAGUAACCCCGUCGAACAGCCCGUCCUCACCCCGGAUGCGAAGAAUCCGUAUAUCACGGACUUCAGAGUCGAGAUCUACACCCCGCCGUACCUGGCGGGUGAGAACGCGAACAAGCGGCCUACGGACAUCGUGCUGGGUUCCAAGGACCUCAAGGCCGACGGCUCGACGUUUGGUGUUGCGUUCAAGGUCCCGCAGGGCGCGAAGGCUGUCAAGGUCGCGCUUUACUAUGGCGGCUUUGUUACGCAUAGCGUGCAUAUGGGCCAUCGGAUGAUGUUUUUGGAUGUUGAGGGCUGGAAGGCGGGAGCGGCGCAGCAGCAUGUGCUGGUCAAGAUGCCGCCGAACAGGAACGUCGCGCCGCCCGGGCCGUAUGUGGUAUAUGUUGUUGUGGAUGGUGUGCCGGCCGUGGGGCAGUUUGUCAUGGUUUCGUGA